AUAAUUUAUCUAAUACCGAAGAAAAUUAUUCAAUUACAAUAAAGUGACAGCAAUAAUCUAAAUUUGUGUGGUGUAAAAUUCUAUUUUUAUUGGUACCAAUUUUACUACAAUAGUUCUUAAGAAAAAUAUAUACAGCUGGUUGGUAGUGUGUGGAAGUGAAAAGAAAUGUUACAUCUGCUAUGAUGCGUUACUCAGAUAUUUCACGUGAUUUACCUUCAGAUAAUUUAAGAUAUGUUGAGCUUGGUAAUGAACUUAUUUAUAAAAAUUUACGGGAAGAAUCCCCAACGAAUGACUCGCCCAAUUAUGAGUUCAGGGAAUCAUAUAACAACCAUCCAAACUUAAGCAUCAAUCAAAAUCAGCGUCCUUUUACUGAAAACAAAACUAAUGGUCACGAUUCUGAAUUGGAAGGAUCAGGACUUCGAAACAAUUGUGGUCACAAUUCAAAACGCUAUUCAUGUAGAAGUAAUGGCACAAUUAAUGGGGCUGCUACUAUUUCGUACGUACGGCCACGCAAGGAUAGUAUUAAAUCAGUUCAAAGUUGUCAUCUUGACACUGAUAGAUUGACUUUCUCUGGAAGCAAUACUAUUAACAUUAAAAAUACAAGACGAAAAAAUUCCAUUGGAUGCCUAAAUACAUUUUCCUCAUCUCCAGAAACUUCGGAAUAUUAUUAUAUAAGCAACACGUUACCAACGAAUAAAUCCCAAAGUUUACCAGCACAUUCAUCAAUCAAGCGAUUAGAUUCCGUCACAUUAAAUGCUCUUCGUGUCUCAGCUGAAGAAUUGGCUAAUCAAAUAACUUUACUCGACUUUCCAAUAUUUAGUGCAAUACAUCCGGAUGAAUUGACAAGCUGUGCAUGGACUAAGAAGGAAAAGAAUAUAACCACUCCUAAUAUUGUUGCAUUUACAAAAAGAUUUAAUCAUACCAGUUUUUGGACAGUACAAGAAAUAUUAAGUGGUGAUCAGCCAAAGCAAAGAGCUGAAAUUUUGACACAUUUCAUAAAGGUUGCAAAAAAAUUACAUGAGCUUAAUAACUUGCAUUCAUUGUUUGCCAUUGUAUCAGCUUUACAAAGUGCUAGUAUUUAUCGUUUGAAAAAAACUUGGGCGUUAGUCUCAAAAAAAGAUAAACAGCUAUUUGAACGAUUGAAUGAUAUUUUUAAUGAUCAAAACAAUUGGGAAAAUUUACGGCGAUAUUUAGAAAGUCUGCGCUUACCAUGCAUACCUUACUUAGGUCUGUUUCUUACUGAUUUAAUAUAUAUUGAUUUGGCACAUCCUUAUAAGGGUGGCCUAGAACCAGAACAACGAAGACAUAAGAUGAACAACAUUUUAAGAGUUAUAACUAAUUAUCAACAAUCCAAUUAUACUCAUAUUCGACCGACUGAAGAAACUCAAAAAUAUCUUACAUCAAUAAGGUACAUUGAGGAAUUACAAAAUAUAUUUGAGGAGGAUCAAUAUAAAAAAUCCUUAAAAUUAGAACCAGCGUCACCAUUGGGUCCCAGUUCUUCAUCGUGCAGCUCAAAAGAAUCAUUUAGUGCGGAUUCAAUUACACCAGCACUGGCAUGUUUAAAUCUCUCGCCAGCUAAAACUAUUGGAUCAAUGCGAAUAGCAGGAAGCAAUAAAUUUAAUCCUGGUCAUCGUAAAUGUCGAAGUUUAGGUACAAAAUUGCGUAGCACAAGUUUGCCACGGAAUUUUUACAAAAAAUGUCGGUGUUCAAUUCAAAUGAUUGCGCCAGGCAUCGGCACCAUUUGUCGUUGCAAAUGUCGUAUAUUUGGUAAAGUUUCUCACAAUCAUGAAAUUGCAAGUCAUUUCACUUCUGCAAUGGUUUAUGCUGGUGUUAAUGAAAGCGUUCAAUCCAGACAUCCGUUAGAUGAUUCUCUGUUGGAACAAUACAAUACGUAUGACGGAACAGGAGAGAAAUGUUGUAAUAAUAUGUCGGCAGGUGUUUUAUGUCCAUAUGAUGCAAAUAAUAUUGACUUAAAGCAGAGGUCGCCUUGUUGGCAAACGUUUUGCAUUCAGGGAUGUGUGCGUAGAAAAACAGUACAAAAAGAAGGACGGAAACCUGCGGUAGCAUCGUGGCAACGAUACUGGCUACAAUUUUGGGCUAAUUCUUUGGUAUAUUUUCCACCGAAAUCAUUUAAGGGUAGUUCUCGUAUUGAUUUUAAACGUGAACCAUGUAAGGUUUGUCCUUUAGAUGGUUGGUAUGCGCACAUCAUUGAUAAUCCAAAACAUAAAAAUACCUUUGAAUUGUACAACAGUGCAAUUGGAACUGUUUAUAAAUUUAGGACCGAUAGUCCACAGGCGACGCAAAUGUGGACUAAUGCAAUAUGUAAACUUGCAUCUGAACGAAAUGUACCGAUUCCUAUGACAACGAAUCUUAUGUCAUUUGAGUAACAGAGCACGAGUAAAUUGUAAUGAUUAUGGCUGAAUUCUCAACGUAAAAACUACAUCAAACUAUUAAAAUAUAACGAAUAUUUAACUUUUACAUAAAUUAGAUACUAGUAAAUAAUAUCGCAUUAUUUUUAUAGUAGAGCAUGAUAUUACAUGUAUAAUAAUUUUUAGUUCUAUUUUCUAAUCAAUAUUAAUGCCUUUAAAAUCUUAUUGUUGUGCGUGGUAUACUUAAAUGUUUAAAAUCCUGUAAACAGAAAUUAAUUUUUAUUACAACACUUA